AAUUAAAAACACUUGCCAGCUCCGCUCUCUGCUUGACCAUAUUCAUUACCAGAACAUUCUGUCAACAUUCCGGCGACUCACCGGAGAUAAUCGACUACAAAAUGUCUAAUAAUCAGUCGGAAAAUAGAACCGACGGCGACAACGAGAGAGACGAAGAAAAAGAAGAAGACGUGUCCGGUGAAGAUGAAGAAGAAGAAGCCGAAGACGAGCCGAGACUAAAGUACCAGAGAAUGGGAGGCAGCGUGCCGGCGCUUUUAUCCGGCAAGUCGGCGUCAUGUAUUGAGGUUGCUGAGCGUAUGAUCGCUCUCGGGACUCGCGCUGGUUCUGUACACAUUCUCGAUUUUCUUGGAAACCAGGUAAAGGAGUUUUUAGCUCAUGGUGCUACUGUCAAUGAUUUAUGCUUUGACAUAGAGGGUGAAUACAUUGCUAGCUGUUCGGAUGAUGGAUCGGUGGCAAUAAACAGUCUGUAUACUGACGCGAAACUGAAAUUCGAUUAUCAUCGUCCAAUGAAGGCUAUUGCUCUGGACCCAUAUUACGCACGAAAUUCCUCCAAAAGAUUUGUUGUUGGCGGUUUAGCUGGCCAUAUGUACUAUAAUAUAAAAAAGUGGAUUGGUUAUCGUGACCAGGUUCUUCAAUCAGGUGAAGGUCCAAUUCAUGCAGUGAAGUGGAGAACAAGUCUCGUUGCUUGGGCUAAUGAUGGAGGAGUGAAUGUUUAUGAUACUUCAAAUGAUCAACGUAUAACGUAUAUUGAGAGACCACGUGGAAGCCUACGUCCUACACUUCUGUUUCCUCACUUAGUUUGGCAGGAUGAUAGUUUAUUGGUCAUUGGUUGGGGAACAUCUGUGAAAAUUGCUUUGAUAAAGAGUAAUCAGAACAGUAGCACCAACAAGACUUAUAAACAUAUACAAAUGUCCCACAUGGACCAGGUGGACAUAGUGGCAUCAUUUCAAACUAGCUAUUACAUCUCAGGAAUCGCUCCUUUUGGAGAAAAUUUGGUUGUUCUAGCUUAUAUUCCUGAAGAGGAUGGUGAGAAGGAAAUUGCAAGCAGCAUUUCAUCGCACCAGGGAAAUGCUCGGAGACCAGAAGUGCAUGUAGUCACAUGGAGCAAUGACGAGCUUUCAACAGAUGCACUGCCUGUACAUGGCUUUGAGCAUUACAAGGCAAAAGAUUAUCUCCUUGCUCAUGCUGCGUUCACAGGAAACAGCUACACAGGUGGUCAGUGGGCAGCUGGUGAUGAGCCAUUUUAUUAUAUCGUAUCUCCUAAAGAUGUAAUUAUUGCGAAGCCUAGGGAUGCAGAAGAUCACAUAUCUUGGCUUCUUCAACAUGGAUGGCAUGGAAAAGCUUUAGAAGCAGUUGAAGCAGGAAAAGGAAGCAUACAGCUUCUUGACAAAGUGGGUUCAAAAUAUCUUGAUCAUUUAAUUGGGAGAAGAAAUUAUGCUAAAGCUGCAUCUUUAUGCCCAAAAUUGUUACAAGGCUCAGCCUCUGCAUGGGAGAGAUGGGUUUUCCACUUUGCUCAUCUACAGCAGCUUUCUCUUUUGGUUCCUUAUAUGCCAACAGAAAAUCCAAGGUUGCGCAAUACUGCAUACGAGGUUGCUCUUGUGGCUCUGGUGACGAAUCCAUCCUUCCAUAAGGAACUUCUGUCAACCGUUAAAGCCUGGCCUCCUCUAAUUUACUCUGCAGUGCCUGUCAUUUCAGCUAUAGAACCUCAUCUUAAUACUUCGUACAUGACUGAUGCUCUCAAAGAGGCACUGGCGGAGAUAUAUGUUAUUAAUGCACAAUACGAGGAAGCCUUUUCACUUUAUGCUGAUCUUUUGAAGCCAGAUUUGUUCGAGUUCAUCGAAAAACAUAACUUGCAUGAUUCCAUCCGUGAGAAGGUUGUACAAUUGAUGAAAAUAGAUAGUAAACGGGCAGUUACAUUAUUAAUCCAGCACAUGGAAAUGAUUAGUCCAAAUGAAGUUGUUUCACAACUAUUGGCUACAGAGGACGACUCCAGAUACUUUUUAUAUCAAUAUCUGCACUCUCUCUUUGAAGAUGACCCCCAUGCAGGAAGGGAUUUCCACGAUAUGCAGGUUGAGCUUUAUGCGGACCAUGAUCCAAAGGUGCUGCUUCGUUUUCUCCGCAACUGUCAGCAUUAUAAGCUUAUGAAGGCAUAUGAAAUAUGUGUUAGCAGAGGUCUGCUGAGGGAGCAAGUUUACAUUCUUAAAAGAAUGGGAAAUUCCAAACAGGCCCUUGUAGUUAUUAUUAAUGAACUAGGGGAUAUAGAACAGGCCAUAGAGUUUGUUAGUAUGCAACAUGACGAUGAACUGUGGGUAGAAUUGAUCAGACAAUGUAUUCAGAAUCCUGAAAUGGUUGGGGUGUUGCUGGAGCAUACCGAUGGCAAUCUUGAUCCCCUCUAUAUUGUAAAUAUCAUUCCCAAUGGCCUGGAGAUUCCUCGGCUAAGGGAUCGUUUAAUUAAAAUCAUAAAGGACUACAGGACCGAAACUUCUCUAAGGCGUGGUUGUAAUAAUAUACUUAAGGGUGAUAUUAUUAACCUGUUAAUUAAAUACUAUGAGGAUGCAAGACGUGCCAUCUACAUGAGCAAUGAAGAAGAUGAAGUGCGUUCCACAAGGGAUGACGAUACAGCGUCUAAUUUGAUGGAGAGAUCAAGGAACAUGAAAACCAUGGAUAUCAAGUCAAAAACUAGAGCAGGCGGGAGGUGCUGUGUGUGUUUUGAUCCCUUUUCCAUUCAGAAUGUAUCCAUCAUUGCAUUCUACUGUUGUCACGCAUAUCAUAGGACUUGCCUCUUGGAUUCUGCUAAUACAGUUGAUGAGAAGAAAACGCCAGCCCCUACUUCCCACGAGGAUGCAUGGUAUUAUGAGUACGAGAAGAGUGACCCUGAUAAUGUUGAUGACAAUAAUAUUAAUACUUUAGGUUCCCCGCAGAUGCGAUGUAUAUUGUGCACCACCGCCACAAGUACAUCACAUUGACUUGAUGUGUUCAUUCUUGUCUGUGUGUGUGGUGGUUCUGUUGUUUUUCUGGGAUCACUGGCUAUUGUCUUUGUAACUUUAUUGUUGAUCAAGGGGUUAUAUUUCUGAGUGAGGUUUCUUGUAAAAAAUGUAGGGUACAAAGAAGGGCUGCUUCUAGUGCUCAAUUGUAUCCAUUUUCUAUUUUCAGAGGUGUUUGUUAAUUUUUUCUGAAAUUUAAGUGGAGUUGCCUUGUA